UUUUAUGUAUAAUCUUACACUACAUAUUUUAAAUUUAACAUAUAGUCUGGACAGUUCACAUAGAUAGUACAUGUAGCUAUGAAUUUGACGCUUAUUGAUGUUCGUGGAGUAAAACAUGUGUACCUUUACAUGGAGUGCACUUGGGAUGCUCUCACUAAGCUAUAAGAUGGUCAAAUUUUAUGAAAAUUUAAAUGGUAAUUGUAUUGUCAAGGGAAGAUUUUUUGAAAACCGUUUCAUAAAAAUAGGUGUCCUCAUCCGACAGGUUUUUCUGUAACAAGAUACUAAUUGCUUGCGGCAACCAUGUCCAAAUGGAUACAUAUUGUAAUCUUCUCAAUGUUAUUAAUGCUAGUGAUUUUUGUUAUGAUGACAUAUGAUUUAACAAUAGAGGAGUGGAAAAAGAGAAUUGAAUUUACCGUACAAGUACCACAGUAUAAAAUAAGUGGGCACUCACGACAAUCAACGAUAACAGUUGGCGGAGCUUUUGACGAACAGGAAAAUUGCAUACAAGGUGACUGCCACAAAGACGCAAUACAAUCGAAUACUUACUUAGGGAAUCUAUCUUGGGAGAUAUAGAAAUAUUGAGCGAAUAAUGAAUCCAUCAGAUUGUAAAACAGCAAAAUAUUUACUCUGUGAGUGGCCAACAAUGGUGUGGGGUCUAGGAUCAGUGACACACCACAUAUUAUAUUGUCUCAGCAUUGCGGUAUUAACAAAGAGGGUCCUACUUAUUGACGCUAAGAACUUCUACCCAAGAAAAUGGAGCUCAUAUUUUUUAGAACCCAGUGACAAAUGUUGGAACCACACCAGAGAAAGUUAUAUUGAUUGGUAUGAACUGGAUGAUAUUGAGACAUCAGAUGAGCAAGUGGUACGCUUGUUUUACAAUACAACAAAGAAUUUCAAUCGGACUAGGGAUUACCCAGAUAUGAUGCCAUAUAGUUUUAUCAAGAAUAUGACCCUUUAUAAGCAAAUACAGGGUCAUCAUAAACAACCAGAGCUAUGGGUAGUAAGCCAACUGGUAAAAUAUCUAUACGAAUUAAAUUCAAACUUUAAGAAACGUUUACAAAAAACGAAAGAAUGGAUAGGAUACAAACAUCCAAUUGUAGGAGUACAUAUUCGUCGGGGAGAUAAGAUCAGAGAAGCUCCUCCAGUUCCAACUCAUACUUAUAUGGAACAUGUGGCAAGAUAUUAUGAACAUACUCCAAACGCUGAACAUGAAUCAUUAGUGUACUUAGCAUCAGACGAUGCAAAUGUGUACAAUGAGACAACCAAUGAAUACAAAGCUUAUAGAUUUGUGUAUAUCGAUCCGUCUACAACAGGAAGGAAACUUGACAGAGCAGUUGCGGAUCUAUUUCUUUUGGCGGAUUCUGAUUUUUUCGUAGGGACAUUUUCAUCAAGUUUUGGACGUUUGAUCCAUGAAUUACGCCAGCAGAAAUAUGAAGAUGGAGUGUGUAUGGGAGUGUCACUAGACAGGGGUUAUCAUUAUAAUUCCUGUUGUGACAUCGGUUAUAAAUUGACUGAUAUUCAUAUCAACUGUUCCUAUGAUAAUAUUACAAUUGAAAAAACUCUCAAGCAACUUUUCUGAAAAAGUCCAACUAAAUUAUGAACUACUUAGGAACUUAUAUGAAAUAAAUGGAAUUCAAUUGAAAUUGAAAAAAUUAAAAGGACAUAUAUGAAAUAAAUGGAAUUGAAUUGAAAUUGAAAAAAAUCA